UUUAAUAGUGUGGCAACAUUAUUGUUUUUGAGCACGUUGUGCCACAAUCACAAUAAAGUGGUUCAUAAUUUGUAAAAUGUUGGAGGAUGAAAAUCUGGACCAAAAGCCACCACGUAAAAGUGGGAAAUCCGCUCCAGCGCGUUAUUUUCAUGCGCCUGUUCCCGAGGAAGAGGUUAAGGCCAUCAAAUUGAAAGGUGUCAGCCAACAGAAUUUCUCAGGCGAGAUCAUUAAGGUUGAACAAGGCAAGCAGGUCGGCUUUAAGAAGAGUUAUCAACGCAAAGGACCGAAAACAAAACCCGUCAAAUCGGAAAUAACAGAAUCAAAACCAAAAAUUCCAAAGGAACGCCUUAAAAAGUAUGAUAAAGGCGAAAAGGUACGAUCUAAAGGUGUAAGAACUAAAUUUUUCAAAGAGAAACAACAGCGCAAAGAAGUAUAUUUGGAAUAUGCAACGGAACAAGCAGCUCGAACAGAACUUUUACUUACGGAACAACAGGGUUUUAUUGAACCUGACGAAGAAGAGAUAACUGCACAGUAUCGUCAAGUAGAAAUAGCGAAUAAUGUUGACAUUUUAUCAGCAUCGAAACAUUUCAAAUUAAAUCUCGAUUUUGGUCCGUACUCUUUGCGCUAUACUAAAAAUGGUCGCCAUUUGCUACUUGGUGGACGCCGAGGACAUGUGGCCGCAUUCGAUUGGGUCACAAAGAAGCUCCUUUGUGAAAUGAACGUAAUGGAGGAAGUAGCUGAUGUAUCGUGGUUGCAUGUACAUACUAUGUUUGCAUGUGCGCAAAAAGAUUGGGUUUACAUCUAUGAUAGUCAAGGCACUGAAUUGCAUUGUGUAAAACGUUUAUACAGAGUUAACUGUAUGGAGUUCUUACCUUACCACUUUCUGCUUGCUACUGGCAAUAAAGAUGGCUAUGCGUCGUGGCUGGAUGUAUCUAUCGGCGAGUUAGUCAGUAAUUUCAAUACUAAACUUGGUGAUAUACGAUUAAUGCAUCAAAAUCCAGGAAAUGGUGUUUUAUGUAUUGGCGGCGCUAAAGGCGUAGUGUCUAUGUGGUCUCCAAAAGUGCGUGAACCACUUGCAAAAUUGCUAUGUCACUCCACACCUAUGAGUGCAUUGACGGUGGAUCCUAAAGGGCAAUAUAUGGUCACGGCAGGCCAAGAUCGUAAAGUUAAGGUUUGGGAUGUGCGCGCUUUAAAAGGGCCCCUUGUGAGUUAUCAAUUAAGACUACCAGCUAAUCAGGUUGUGGUAUCUCAGCGUGGCUCUCUGGCAUAUUCACAGGGCACAUACUGUGAGAUUCAAUCGAACUUGUUGUUGGGAGAAAAGGCUGCAACACCAUAUCUUCGUCAAAUGUGUGAUUCAUUUGUGCAUGGCAUGCGCUUCUGUCCCUAUGAAGAUAUCCUCGGCAUAGCAACCGCUAAAGGUUUUCAGUCAUUACUUGUACCCGGUUCCGGUGAACCCAAUUAUGAUGCUUUGGAGGAUAAUCCUUAUCAGACCAAGUCACAACGUCGUGAACAUGAAGUUCACGCGCUUUUGGAGAAAAUACCAGCCGAGUUGAUUACAUUGAAUCCGAAUGAAAUUUCUGCUGUUGAUGUGCCCACGUUGCAAGAAAAAGUUGACGCGAAGCGUUCGUUAUUCCAUUUGAAACCACCAAAAAUAAACUUUAAAUCGCGUCACAAAAUGAAGGGUCGUGGUGGAAGUGCGAAAGCUUCACGUAAUAAACAAAUCGUUAAGGACCUCAAAAGAAAGGAGUUUAUCGAUGAUAUCAAGAAAUCGAAGCAGACUAUCUUCAAACAGCAAACAAAAAAAGCAAGCGAUUUUAUACCGCUUGACGCAAGUGUUCCGUCAGUACUGGAUCGUUUUAAACCGAAAAGUACGAAGAAGAAAUGAUUGAACAAAAUUAGUUAUGAAAUAUUCCCACUUAAAUAUAAAUUUGUUUAUUCAUACAAAUAUUACAUAACAAUAUUUCUA